AUGGAUAAAGCUGAACGGCAUUUUCUCCCACCCACCCAGGUACAAGGAACCAUCUUUCCAGUCCCAAAUUUCAAUCCCAUGAUGGAUGUACAAAUGCUUGGAAGUGCCCUACAAGGAAUAGGUUUGUACACCAACUUACCGAUUUUACUGCAGCUCAUUUGGAGACGUAAAAGACCUUUAUCCAUUACCCUGAGAUUUCCUGGCCCUCUGCCCUUGAGGUAUACAGCAAUACAGCUGAAGACCACUGAGUCUGUAAGGCUAUUUAUGAAUAUGGCAGUGGGAAAUGAAAGGUACAUAAGGCCAGUAAACAUUACGGAUGUUGGUAAAUACCAGAGAGAUAUUAAUGUUCGCAGAGAUUUUUCUGAUAGAAAUAACAAUGUCCUCAUUCUCACAGGCAUCACGUCUGACUCGGGGCUGAAAGCUCUCAAACUUUUAACCGUUCCCCCAGAUCGUGGACCCAGGGGCAAUCACCUCGCUUGCCAUCUGAAGCCACAAAAAUUGCUAGGUGCCUUUAGAGGGACAUUGCAAUCUUCUUCAAGUUUUUCCAUAUUAUCAAGAAAAAUUAGUCCCACGCCUACUCCUCAGAACAGUCUGAAGGAUGAUUUGAUUACAGAACUAAAGGAGAAUCUUUCAAGCCAUUUCAAAGAUGUCAUGGUUGGCCUGAUGUACACACCCCCAUCGUACGAUGCUCACGAGCUCUGGCGUGCUAUGAAGGGUGCGGGCAUAGAGGAAAACUGUCUGAUUGAUAUAUUGGCUUCAAGAACAAAUGGGGAAAUAUUCCAGAUGAAAGAGGCGUACUGCUUACAAUACAACAGUGACCUUCAACGAGACUGUUACUCAGUGACCCCUGGACACUUCAGAGACACAAUUAUGAACCUGGUCCAGGGAAUUUGGGAGGAAUAUUAUGCAGAUCCUGUGAUGGCUGCUCAGGAUGCAGUGGUCCUUUGGGAAGCUUGUCAACAAAAGACCGGGGAACACAAAAACAUGCUACAGAUGAUCUUGUGCAACAAGAGCUACCAGCAUUUGUGGAUGGUUUUUCAGGAAUUCCAAAACAUUUCUGGACAAGACCUUGUCGAUGCCAUUAAUGAAUGUUACAAUGGAUAUUUUCAAGAGCUACUCAUAGCGUUAGUCCUCUGUGUCCGAGACAAGCCUGCCUACUUUGCUUACAGACUUCACCGUGCAAUCCAUAGAACAACUCCUUUGUCAGCAGAGACAGGAGCAAGGAAGGACUAUCAGGAGAAAGAAACAGAAAAUGUACUCAUGAUUACAAAAAUUUCCCCAGAGUAA